AUGGCAUCGGAACUUCAGGAAUUGGUUAGCUUUUUACAUGAUAGGAAAGCGGGUGUGAGGGAAAUAGCGUUGUCUCACUUGGUACAGUUUUCAAAAGCUGGCCCUGAUUCAGAAUAUGAUAUAUUCAGAUAUAAGAAUUAUCAACCGAUUAAAGAUCUUAAAAUAUUGGCCAGGGAUCGCAAGGCCUCAACGGUGCGAGAUGCAGAGACAAUUUUAAGUAAUCUCUGUGAUGAUGAUAGUUUCCGGGAGCUUAUAGCCAAAGAUGAUGAUUUUUUAACAUUGGUUUUGAAGCAAAUUACCGAUACAAAUAAUGCUAAUGGAGACCUCGCUUGCAUUCUUCUAUCAAAUAUGGCAAAGAGCGAUUCUAUGAGCAGGAUAUUUAGCAUGAAUCUUGAAAAUAAUGGCAUGAAUGACAUGUUUAAAAGUUCCAAGAUACCAAACUGUUUAAUCGACAUAUUCACUUUUGGUACAAAUCACAAGAUUAAUAGAUUUGCUAACUAUGAUUAUCUUGCUUAUUUCUUUGCUGAUACUUCUAGAUUCGAGACCGGUAGAAUUUACUACACGUCAAGGCAAGAUUAUGACUCUGAAAUUCCUCUAAAAAAGUUAUUAAAGUUUACUACGGACGGAAGCAAAGCAAGGAGAGAAGGUACGGCAUAUACAAUAAAAAACUGCCUUUUUGAUAUAGAAAAACAAUUGGGGCUUUUAAAAAACAAGUCCAUUUUGCCUGCGAUACUUUUACCUUUGGCACUUCCAGGGAAUAGAGGUUUAGAUGAAGAAGAUAUCAACAAGUUACCCCCAGAAUUGAAAAAACUCGAUAGCCAGCAAAGAAUUGAGCCUGACAUAGAAAUUCGGAUUACAUUUCUUGAAUCUGUUUUGCUACUUUGUGUUACAAGGCAAGGUAGAGAUUAUCUUCGGAGUAACGGGGUGUAUCCUAUUGUGAGAGAGUUAGAUAAGGAGAGCAAAAAUGAUAAAGUGACUGAUAUUGUGUAUAGGAUUGUGGAUAUGCUGAUGAGAGAGGAGAAACCUAAGGAUCAAUAUGAUUCCAAGAGUGAGAAGGAACAAAUUAACGCAUUUUUACAAUUAGAGGAUAAGGAAAAAUUUGCUAGCAAGCUGACGAUUCAAAAUGGAGAUAAAGCUCAGAGUAGAGAAGAGGAAGAUGAGAGCGAUAGCGAUGACCAGAUAAUUGAAGUUGUCUAA